AGGGGACGUCUUCGCCCUAGCGAACUAGCUAAUCAUUACUUUUGUUCCAAUUAUGUCUGUGAAAACAUCUUCUGACUUACACUCCUAAGUUACCACCACAAACUCUUCAAAAUACUGUUGGCUGCCCCAAUUUUGAAACGCAAAGCACAUUCACUUUUUUUCAAAAAGAUGUACGACUUGGACUUUCACUCGCAGAAGGCUUUGGCUCUGUUGCAGAGAGCCAAGGUUUUCCUCUCGUUUCUGCUCCUAGUUUCUGACUGCUGUAGUAACAGCUUGUUUUCCAGCAGCACGACCGGCACUUUUACUCCACUACAAGCAUGCAACGGGAAGAAGCUCGGCGUGACGAGAAUAAAGCUGAACAAAAAGUCCUCUCUUCUCCGCGCAGGUCUCUCCUACGGCGCUCUUUCCGCGGGCAGCGAUAUCGCUUCCCAGCUGCUGUGUGAGAAGCGGGAGUUGAAAUAUUUGAGUGUAUUGCAAGACCAUCCAGAAAACGCAAAACUCCUGCUCGGCUGCAAUGCGGACACGCCGGCCGUCGCACUCGCACCGCAACUUUCCCUUCCUGUUUCCACCAGUACCAGGGAUGAAGGAAGAGCAAGAGCAGCAGGAGCUAGCACUGGUGCAACUGCAAAAUCCAGUAGGCUAGCACAGGUGACGGGCGCAGGCGGUCUUCCUGCGCUGAAAGACGGGCAACCAUCACCCGGUUGCGCUCCCGUCCCCUCAACAUCCUUCGGAACUGUUUACCGUACCAAUUACAGCCGGGUGCUGCCGACGAAUCCGUGCUUUCUUGUCAGCCACAAGGGCCGGGGGAAGGGCAAAUCAAAAUCCAAGUCCUACGUCGAGUGUGAGAGCAAACAGAUUAAGCAAGCCGACCACCUCGUUUGGGCACCACAAAGAAGUACAGACAUCAUGAUGCGGCCGGUAGAUUGUUCGAGCUCGACUUUGACCACUGCAUCUGCCUCUGCAACUACGAAGAUGCCACUUGAAGAUGUUCUCUCAACGCCAGCGGUUGUGUGUGCUACCGUACCGGCAAAGAACACACUGAUCACUCCAGAAAAGGAACUCGACCUUGCCCGCACUCUCCGUUGGGGUUUUGUCGGGGCGAGUUUGACCGGACCCUAUUACCGGGUCGCUUACGAAGUGGUGGAGCGGUUUUGGAAGAGCGAAAUUGUGUUCGGCACGAACAAUUUGCUGAAAUACGGGAAGCUGCAGUUAGUGUUGAAGAAUUUGUCACAGCAAUUCCUUGUCAACCCGGUUUUCCUGGCGAUUUUCUUCACGUAUUCGAGCAUCGUGGAAGACUUCUGUACGAACGGUAAUGCUAAUGCUGGACAAGAAGGAAGUAGAGCGAAAAGUAGUGCAACAGGAACUACAGCCCCAGACCACACCACCUUCGACGCCGCACUUCUUCUCGACCACGAGUUCCCCUUUCAUCUCACCGACGCCUGCAAGUCCAAAAUCGACGAGAAAUUGUCCAACCAGUGGCCGGAAGCGUGCAAGAAAUCCAUCGUCUUCUGGGGCUUUGUAUUAAAUGCAUAUAUGUCUGGGUCUGGAAGGAAGCAUGUUCGUCAUGCUUGUCUAGCAUGACUCUCAAAUCUGUCAUGCACGUUACCCAAGCGCGCCAUUUUUCUGUCAUGCAGAAACGCAGUUUGUCAUGCAGAAUAGGCAACACUUAGAAGCUCAGAAACUUGUCAUGCUGAGCCAGCACCUGUGGCCUCCUCGUGAUACGCCACCCAGCAUCACAAGUUUCCAGACCCAGACAUAUUUGCGUUUGAUACUUUGUGGAUUUGAUCACCUACCAACUACCGAUGAAAAAUCGAGUGUAUUUCGCGAGCGCGUGCGGCGCUUUGUGGACCACUUUUUUGUCGUUUUUGGACAACGGGAAGAAGGCCGACGGGAUGGAGGAGUUCAGCAGCAGGAGUAGUGCCGAUCGGGAGCAGCUGCAACAAAUCUCUGAUGGGGAAUUUUGGCCCGAAGAACAAGAACAACUUCUCGGUCUGGGAGGGGAAACUCUUUAUGCUGUUCGUGCACGAGAAGAACCGGAUUUUACUUCGAAGCCGUUUCUGAAGACCAACAGUGUAGUCGGGUUCGGAAAGGGCAGCAAGUGGGACGAGCUCCUGCUUCGCGGCCUUGAUGUUAGCGAAGAUGGAGCACAAAAUCAACCGUCGUCACCGAUAUUGUCCCCUGCAAACAGCGCAUCUUCUUCAUCUACAAUUGGCACGGACGAGCUUGCUCUUGCGGCGAAGAGCAAUCGAUUUUGGCUAGACGAAGACGAGUGAAGCCUUCUACUUGUACUUAUAUACCUUCACCUCCACUUCACUUCGAUACUUACGCGACAAUAGCAAAACGAGCUAAAGGACCAGAAGUGCCAGGAUCAUGGGCAUAAGUAGAUUUUUUACCCGCGGCGGGGGCUAGUGGUCCUAGACAAGUUUUUUUGAGAAUACAGUACUGUAAUGACGAAGGAGGAUGACAAGGAUGGGAGGGUCGUUUUGUAGCUGUCGUAGACCCUUUUGUGUUUUGGCAUUUUGUUUCAAGUUGUAAACCUGUAUCUGUAUGUGUACUCCUGAUCUACAAUAGCAAUACCAAUCCGAAAUUUUUCGCACCGGCGAAGUUUUCCUUUGUUAUCACACUCUGUUUGUCUGAGAAUAAAGAAACAUUUGCAAUAAGAAUAAAGUCGAAGAAAAAGAAAACAAAUAUGAAAAUCGACGUAGCAGUUCUACGUUCCUUUUCACGUGAAAAUGAAGAUCAACGAAAAAUUUCGUCUGGAGCAGCAGUUUCAAUUUUCCUAUUUGAGAAGAUAAAGGUAGUUUUGGCAUAGGACGAGGCACAGGACGAGGCUCAUCCUCCCCUCGUCUCCCAGGGCUAAGUACCUUCUUUUCCUUUCAUCGUGGCCACUUAGACGCAAAAUAAUGAUAAGCACAGCAAAAGAAGAAAUGACUCUAGAAGCACAUCAUCGUCAUCUCAACACUACUUCCGGUGCAAAAGCUGCGCACAGCAAGCGGGCCCGUGCGAGCUAGUACUUUGUGAAGCCGAAGCCUGUUUCUUGAAAUUGAUGAAAUGCGACUAGUCCCUGCGCGCGCGAGGACUGAAAGAUCGAGUCUCCUCUCAUUUUGACUCCUCUGUUGAACAAAUAGGGUUGUAGUCUCGCGAGUUUCCCUCG